CCAGACCGCCGGCAGCGCUGGAGGGCGGAAAAUCGCCGCCCGGAGCCCGCCCCCUGCCACGCCCGCGCCCGCGCUCGAGCCCGCGCUCUCCUCGGCGUGCUUCCCGGCUGACUCCACAGAACCCGCGCACACGCCCUCAGCACCCUCCGCCCGCCCUUGCGCGCAGCUCCCGGCUCCCAGGUGCUCGGCCGCGUUCCCACGCCUGAACCGCGGCCUCGAGGCGGGCCUUGGAGAGCGCGGCCCCGCCCCCCCGGAUUAGCCAAUCGCAGCACACGCCGACCUCCGAGGAGGCGUUGCUCGGCGGGCCGCAGGGGCCAGCGUGCGGGGGCUGAAAGGCGGCCCCGCCCGCGCGGGGGGCGUGGCCGGCGCCGGCUCUUGCCGCGGAGCAGGGUUGCGGCGUGGGAAAGAGCUGCGAGGAGCCGACCGCGCCGCCGCCGCCGUCGCCGGAGCCGCGCCCGCGGAGGCCCAGGGUGGGCGGGAGGGAGGGAGGAAGGAGGCGGGCGGGGAGGGCGCCCGUGGCUCCGGCCCUGCGCCGUCUUCUCCACGAUGAAGCGUCCUUGCGAAGAGACGACCUCCGAGAGCGACAUGGACGAGACCAUCGACGUGGGGAGCGAGAACAAUUACUCGGGGCAAAGUUCUGGUUCUGUGAUAAGAUCGAAUUCUCCAACAACCACAUCUCAGAUUAUGGCAAGAAAGAAAAGGAGAGGGAUUAUAGAGAAAAGGCGCCGGGAUCGGAUAAAUAAUAGUUUAUCUGAGUUGAGACGACUGGUGCCAACAGCUUUUGAAAAACAAGGUUCUGCAAAGUUAGAAAAAGCUGAAAUAUUGCAGAUGACAGUGGAUCAUUUAAAGAUGCUUCAGGCAACAGGAGGUAAAGGCUACUUCGACGCCCACGCUCUUGCCAUGGACUUCAUGAGCAUCGGCUUCCGAGAGUGCCUGACGGAGGUGGCGAGGUACCUGAGCUCCGUGGAGGGCCUGGACUCCGCAGACCCCCUGCGCGUGCGCCUCGUCUCGCAUCUCAGCACCUGCGCCUCCCAGAGGGAGGCGGCGGCCAUGACGUCCUCCAUGGCCCACCACCACCACCACGCGCUGCACCCGCACCACUGGGCCGCCGCCUUCCACCACCUGCCCGCCGCCCUGCUCCAGCCCAACGGACUCCACACCUCGGAGUCGGCCCCUUGCCGCCUCUCCACGACUUCCGAAGUGCCUCCGGCCCACGGCUCUGCCCUGCUCACGGCCACGUUUGCCCACGCAGACUCCGCCCUUCGGAUGCCAUCCACCGGCAGUGUCGCCCCUUGCGUGCCGCCGCUGUCCACCUCUCUCUUGUCGCUGUCAGCCACCGUCCAUGCUGCGGCCGCCGCCGCCACAGCAGCUGCACACAGCUUUCCUCUGUCGUUCGCGGGGGCCUUCCCCAUGCUCCCCCCAAACGCGGCCGCAGCAGUGGCGGCGGCGACGGCGAUCAGCCCACCCUUGGCCGUGUCAGCCGCCUCCAGUCCUCAGCAGACGAGCGGCGGAACAAACAGUAAACCUUACCGCCCCUGGGGGACAGAAGUUGGCGCCUUCUGAUUUUUCCCUGAACUUCUGCAAGUAGCAACUGAAUGUCCUUCAUUUCAGAAUCGGCUUCAGACCUCUCACCGUGAAGGUAGCCAUACAGAUACCUGCCUACAGAUCCACAGAGGAACAAUAAAGCUAUUUGAGACACAACCUCACACGUUGGAAACGUGGUAUUGUCCUUUUGUCGUUUGUUUGUUGAAAGGCAGCUUGGUAACUGACAUCAGCCACUUUGAGAACUGCACCCUUGUUUCCACUUAGAAGUUCCCUGGAAAAUGCAUGGGCAGAACCAUCCAGCAGGGCGUCAGUAUGUCUGCCUUGGGGAAGAAAAAUGCCCCGACUGAAUUCUCUUGAAAGUAGAUGGAGGGGAAAAAAAAGAAAUACUCGAUUUCCUAAGUGCCUGAGCUAGGAAAGUUUUCCUGUGAACAUGCAAUAUUGCACACAGAAAGGAGGGCAGAGGGGUUAGGUAAGGGAAAGAGAGGGAGACACGCCCUGCAUUGGGCUGCAGACAUUUUAAUACAAUGCCAGAGAAGGGUCCUCUCUCAAAACCACGGGUUUUAGUGGGCAAAGGAAUUGUUGAAAAUAAUUCUGAAGUUGACAGAGCUUAUCUUAGUUUUCUUUCUUUGUACUGACUUGCGAAUUGGUGACAUUUAGGAAUGCAGUGGCAUAAGCAAUUAUUCAUAUUCCAUCAGUGCUCACAUUAGCAAGCAUUUCUCCUCUGCCUGCAAGCCCCUGGGCACCUUUCCUUUUUGAUGGUUCAACAUCUGGUGCUGCUUUAUCUAAACAGUACAUUUAUAUAGUGCACCUAGAAACAGUUGCCUGUGUGCCCACCAGAAGCUGUUUGAGUCAUGCCAACUUGAAAACUCCCAGUUCAUAAGAGUUUGGAUUAAUUUAUUCAGUCUCAUUGGGACUAUUUUUAUAUAUUUAUCCUCAUCAUUUUCUCCUGAAAAUGUGUAACAUCUAUUCUUGUCGCCUUUGGGGACAAGUUGCAAUUCUAGAGGUGAUGAGACAAGGAGAGAGCGUUGGGAAGAAAGUCAUGAUUUGUAAAUGCUCUUUGUCAAGUUAGUGAUUGUGUUUGAUCCCAAAUCAAGAUGAAUGUAUGCAAUAGGAUGUAUAUAAAUUAUUUUUGUUCUGCCUAGACUAGUGCAACAUAAUGGUGUUUUGGUUUUGUUUUUUUGGAUUUGUUUAAUGACAAAAUAAUCUCUUAAUACAUUGAAAUGGAGCACGUCAGAUUUUAUAUUUGAAAGAGACACAGCAUGUAUUAUUAUGCACUUCAUUUCUCUGCUGUGUGGAGAAAGCAAUAAACCUUAUGAGAAUGUUAAACAUUAUGCAAAUUACACUUUGAAAUAUUUGUUUUAAAAUUACUGUACCUAGUAUUUUUCGCAUUACUUUGUAACCUUUUUCUAUGCAAAGGUCUUUACAUAUCACUAAUUAAAUGAUGUCCGUUUUGACAAUUUUUUAUGUGGAUGAGUUACUUUGCAGAAUGGAAAAUUGACAUGAAUUUCAAGAGAGGCCACCUUUGGCUAACAAUUUAAGCCAUGGCUUUUCUUUCUCCCUUUCAAAAUCAUUUGACUAAUUUAUCACAGCUUGCUUGAAAAUAACAUUUUUCUGAGUUUGUGAAUCAAACAUAGGCAGGUAAGACACUUGGAAGUGAGAAGUGAUCAGUUUUCUCUGCCUUUUUUUUUAAUUCAUUUGUAUUUAUUUUUAAAAAAUAUUUUAGUAUGUUAUUUAUUUUCACAUUAUUUGAAAGGCAGAAACAGGAGCCUGGAACUCAAUCCAGGUCUCUCACAUGGGCAGCAAGGACUCAAGUACUUGAGCUGUCAUCUGCCUCAAGGGGUGCACGUUUGUAAGAAGCUGGAUCCAAAGUAGAAGAGCCCAGCCUUGAACUAGGCACUCCAAUAAUGCACGUGUCCCAAGCAGCAUGUUACCCACCAGGCCAAAUGGCCACCUUUCUGCCGUUUAACUGUGGGUCUUGGAAAAGUGCAAAUACAAGACUUCCAAAUGAAAGUAUAGCAAGUACAGGAUAAUAGAGUUGUCAUACAUUUUUUAACUCUGAAACAUUAGUAGAACAUUUCUAAAACAUCACAUACAUGCAUGAUAGGAAAAUACAAGAUGACUUCAAAAGGUCAAUGAAAAUGCAGUUAAAAGAUUACUUUGUAAAAUAAUUUGGAGUCAUAUAUGUGGAAUCUGCAAAAAGUUCAUGGAAAGUGAGUAUUACGAUAAAACUGCAUUCCAAUUUUUAUUUUUUACCAAAAUAAACCAUCUUUCCGUUAUACUUUUCUGUGAAGUACCCUAGUACAUACAUCUUGAUAGUAAAUCUUUGUAUCUCAUGAACACUU